AAGGAAAAAAAAAGACUUUCUUCCUCCCCCGAUUCAUUUCUUCCCCUCGUCUCCCCCGCCGCCUCCCACCGGAGACCAAGAGCUGCGCCCUCUCCCCCUAACCCUAGGCCCCAGACCGAGUAGGUCAAGCGGCGGCCAUGGCGCCCCAAGGUCCGCCUCCUCCGUCUGGUUCCUGCUCGAUCUCCUCCAGCUCCAGAUCCUCCACAAUCUCGCGCGACGGGAGAGGAGCCUCCGCCUGCUUCUUCUCCGGCGACGGCGCGGCCGUGCGCCCCUGACGCCACUCUUCCGCGCGAGGAGAAAGCUGCCUGCAGCCCGGCUGCUCCGACCCUAGUGCCGGCGCCAUGGUCCAGGGCCAGAUUAUCCACAAUCUCGCGCGAAGGGAGAGGAGCCCCCGCGUGCUUCUUCUCCGGCGACCGCCCGGCCGUGCGCCCCUGAAGCCGCGUGAGGAGAAAGCUGCAUGCGGCCCGGCUGCUCCGACCCUAGUGCCGACGCCAUGGUCACCGGCAAGAUCCCCUUCUCCCUCUAUCGGCCCUCUUCUCCUCCCCGGCCACCGUCGUGGCCUUUGAGGACAAGGACGACGGCUGCGCGCUUGGCGUCGGCGGAUUCCACCAUCUCGUCAUCACCUUCCAGGUCGCUCUACACCCGGACAUGGGACUGGCGCGCGGGCGCCGACAUCUGUGCGCCCGAGAUCGUCGGAGCCGCAUCAGGCUGGUUAACAUCCUCUGCUACACCCCCGACGCGGGAGCGGGAUGCAUCGACCUCAACCCCCUGCCGCAGGAGGUCGAGGGCCGCCGGGACUGGGAGACCGCCGAGAUGCCGGGCAGAUUCAGCGCCGACCAGAGCGCCAAGGAGGUGGCCGUGCUCUACGUGGUGCCCGGCGACCGCGCCGGCCAGUUCCACGCCGAGAAGAUGGGCUACCAUGACGAGAUGGUCCUGCUCUGCUCCCAGGGCACCGCUGAGGUGCUCGUGCUGGCUGCCAGACCUUGAUAAUACUCGGAUUUCAUCCCCUUACGUCAGCUCAAUCGGGGACAUCUUCUCUACAGGCUCCAUCGGCCUCCUCUCCGGCGGAAGAUACUACUUGGAUUUCAUCCCCUACGUCAGCUCAUACGCGGAGAUCAUCUCUACAGAGCGCCAAGGAGGUGGCCGUGAUCUACAUGGUGCCCGGCGACCGCGCUGGCCAGUUCCACGAAGGAGGUGGCCGUGAUCUACAUGGUGCCAGACUUUGAUAAUACUUGGAUUUCAUCCCCUACGUCAGCUCAUUUGCGGACAUCUUCUCUACAGAAACCACAACCUCGUCAUCACCUUCCAGGUCGCUCUCCACCCGGACAUGGGAACAUCUGCGCGCUCGAGAUCGUCGGAGCCGAAUCAGGCUGGCGCACAUCCUCUGCUACACUCCCUACGCGGGAUGUGUCGACCUCAUCCCCCCGCCGCAGGAGGUCGAGGAGACCGGCAAGGAGAGAAACCUCAUCGUCGACCACAGCGCCAAGGAGGUGGCCGUGCUCUACAUGGUGCCCGGCGACCGCGCGGCCAGUUCCAUGCCGAGAAGAUGGGCUACCACGACGAGAUGGUCCUGCUCUGCUCCCAGGGCGCCGCUGAGGUGGUCGUGUGGGACCCAAUGACAGAGCUCGUGCUGGCUGGCGACUUACUCGGAUUUCAUCCCUACGUUAGCUCGUUCGCGGAGAUCUACA